GACAGAAUGACACCACGACUGCAGCUCUUCAUCACUUUACUGCUUCACUUUGAAGGAAUCUGUGGUGUAGACUAUCGCCUUCAAAGAGCUGGAGGUGAUGUCGUUUUACCGUCUAACGUUGGUUCAUCAUCCAACCAAUGUUCUGAUGUUAAAUGGACUCACCUUAACUUUCGAAAAGUAGACAAACACGACAAGGACAUUUAUGGAGAUAUUGUGAAGACAUCACCUGGAGCUGACAGGAUGAGUUUGAGUAGUGACUGCUCUCUGAUCAUCAAACGCAUCACUGCUGAAGAUGUUGGUUGUUACAGGUGUAGGAUUGGAGAUAAAUACUGUUCGAUAUAUAGGUGUCUGAAUGUUUUAACAGCAGGAAUCAAUGAUGAAGUCGUUCUCCAUCACAGAGCUGGAGAUGACGUCGUUUUACCGUCUAACGUUAAUUCUUCAUCCGGCCACUGUCCUAACCUUGACUGGCUUUACAACAACAUUCAAAAUAUAGGGGGACACAUCAAGGUUGAUGAUGGAGAUAUUGUGACGACGUCACCUGGAGCUGACAGGAUGAGUUUGAGCAGUAACUGCUCUCUGAUCAUCAACAACAUUACUGCUGAAGAUGCUGGUCAAUACAACUGUUGGAUUAUAAAUACUGUUGGUUCCUCCCACACACGUGUGCAUCUGAGUGUUUUAACAGUCACUCCAUCUCCACCAGAUGUGGAUCCAGGAAGGGAUGGAGAUGUGACAUUACACUGUUCUCUGGUGAGAGACCGUUACUUCGGUCCCUGUGAGCAGAACAGCAUCAUCUGGGUGAAUGAGACAGGAACUGUGCUGCUUGGUGAAGGUGAUGGGUUUGUUUCUGGAGGACAGAACAACUGUGUUUCUGAUCUGAUGGUGAAACAUCAGAGAGGCUCCAAGAGAAGAUUCACCUGCCAGUUUGUUGAAGGAGACAGAGUGAAGAUAAAUGCUGAAUACACACUGGACUUUACAGUAGGAACCGGCGUGAGAACAAUCAUUCUCUACCACAGGGUUGGAGAUGACGUAUCUUUGCAGAAUAACGUUGACUUAUCGUCUUCCAACUGCUCCGAUGUUGAGUGGAUUUAUAGCGGAGACACAAGUUCAGCGUCUCAUGAGGAGUUUGGUUCUGGAGCUGGCAGGAUGGACAGUAACUGCUCCCUGAUCAUCACCAACAUCACCGCUGGAGACGCUGGUCUCUACGAGAGCCGGCUGAGGGACAAGUACAACACCGUUGUGUAUCUCAGUGUUUUAACAAGUGGUCCGGAGGAGGGCCCCGGCAAACACAUAGUCAAAGUUCAGGGGGCCGUCCUCGGGGCCGGACCGACCAGAGAGACAGUUUGGGAGGCCGUCCUCGGGACCUUGGCUUGGGCUGUGGCGUGGAACUUGGCUUGGAGGGACAUAGAGUCCAAGGGGCCGGUUUUGGCGGACAAAGAGUCCAAGGGGGGACAAGGAGUCCAAGGGGGGACAAGGAGUCCAAGGGGCCGGCUUCGGGGGACAAAGAGUCCAAGGGGGGACAAGGAGUCCAAGGGGCCGGCUUAG